UCGCCUGCAGCGGAAGAUGGUGAACAUCAAAGACUUGCCUAGCGACAUCGUCCUGGAACUGCUGUCUCGGGUCCCCGGGAGGGAUCUGGUCCUCAACUGCCGGCUGGUUUGCUUGCAGUGGCGAGACCUGGUGGACCUGCCCACGCUGUGGAAACGCAAGUGCUUACAGGAGGGCUUUGACCCUGAAACGCCAGACAGGAGCAUCUCCAACUGGAAGAUCUACUACUUCCUCUGUAUCAUGAAGAGGAAUUUAAUCCAGAACCCCUGCGGUGAAGACGGCUUCAACUUCUGGGAAAUCGAGGCACACGAAGGAGACAAGUGGCGGAUCGAAGAGCUGCCCGGAGCUCGGAGAAGGGACUUUCCCCACCACCCCGUCCCAAAAUAUUUUGUCACGUCUCAAGGGCCCUGCACGAAGCACCAGCUCAUCAACCUGAAGAAGGAGGGCUACUGGGACGAGCUGAUGGACAAGACCAAACCGGAUAUCGUGGUGAAGGAUUGGUAUGCCGCCAGGUAUGAUUGCGGCUGUCGAUAACUGAACGUCAAGCUUCUCUCAGUAGACCGCAGGAUUCUGGCAGAGUUUGACCCUGACAGAGUGUUGAUAGAGCAGUGGAGUGAUGCAGAAUGGCAUGAGAUUAAACACACUUUCCACAGCUACCCUUCUGGCGUCCGCUACAUCAGUUUUCAACACGGGGGCCAAAACACUCAGUUCUGGGCUGGCUGGUAUGGUGUCCACAUAACCAACAGCGGUGUCACCCUUGCCCCAGAGGUGGCCUUCUGAGGAGGGGAAGAGACAGCACCUUGCUGAGGCAGUGAGUGGCUUUGGAUCGAAUCCCCCCAGACAGCAAUUUUUUAAUCUCUUGUAAUCUCUCCAGUCUUCUUAAUCUCCUUUCCGUUUGCACUCCGGUUGCCUGUGUGGUUUUGGAUACCCUCUCCUUUCUCCAGAGUGGUCAGUUUGCACCCUGCAAUCUCCCUCAGAACAUCUGCUGGCUCUUAAACCCAACAGAUGCUUAAGUUUUGGGGGUUGUGGUGUGAAUCUAAGGAGGGAGAGAGGGGGGCCACCAGGCUGGUUUCUCAGUGGGAAGUGACAAAGACUAAACAUCACCUAAAUAAAGCAGGAGUCAAGUUGUACCUUUAA